AUGCCUGUCACCCAGUUCUCGCAUCCUGAUCCUUAUUCGUACCAGGUUGGAUUCGAUUCCUACCAUGAGACGGAAGCUAUUGAAGGAGCCCUCCCUGUAGGGCAGAACUCGCCUCAGAAGGCCCCUCAUGGCCUAUACGCCGAGAAGCUCUCCGGAACCGCUUUUACUGCCCCCAGACACGAGAACAAGCAGACUUGGGUCUACAGAAUCAUCCCCGCCGCUGCACACGAGAACUUCGUGGCUGAGGAUGCCGAUUCCUACCAUACCCGUAUGACGACCGAGACACACAAGCUACACCAUAUCCCCAAUCAGUUGAGAUGGGACCCGUUCGAUCUGGAUGAGACCGUCGAUUGGGUCCAUGGCCUUCAUCUUAUCGCGGGAUCGGGUGACCCAACGUUGAAACAGGGCUUGGGUAUUCUCCUGUAUGCUGCUGGAGAGGACAUGGGGAAGGAGGCUUUCUACUCGGCCGAUGGUGACUUUCUGAUUGUCCCUCAGCAUGGUGUGCUGGACAUCCAAACCGAGCUGGGACGGCUUAUUGUCCGUCCCAACGAGAUUUGUGUGAUCCCUCGCGGCAUCAGAUACCGUGUGACUCUUCCAACGGGCCCAGUGAGAGGAUACAUCUGCGAGCUCUACCAGGGCCACUACCAGCUGCCUGAAUUAGGCCCAAUCGGCUCCAACUGCCUGGCCAACGCACGCGAUUUCCAAGCUCCAGUAGCAUCAUUUGAGGACGAGGAAGAAGAGUAUCGCCUUUACAGCAAGUUCAACAACACGCUCUUCUCUGCGCGCCAGGACCACUCGCCCUUCGACGUCGUCGCCUGGCACGGCAACUACUACCCCUACAAGUACGAUCUUGGUCGUUUCAACGUCAUCGGCUCCAUCUCCUUCGAUCAUCCUGACCCCUCAAUCUUCACUGUCCUGACUGGACCCUCGGAUCACGCUGGCACCGCCAUCGCCGACUUUGUGAUCUUCCCACCUCGCUGGCUGGUGGCCGAGGGUACCUUCCGGCCUCCUUGGUUUCACCGCAACACCAUGUCCGAAUUCAUGGGUUUGAUUUGCGGCGGCUACGAUGCGAAGACGGGCGGUGGCUUCCAACCGGCCGGUGCCAGUCUGCACAAUGUGAUGAGCGCUCACGGUCCCGAUACUGACGCUUUUGAGGGCGCCAGCAAUGCCGAGCUGAAACCCCAAAAGGUCGGCGAUGGUAGCAUGGCUUUCAUGUUUGAGAGCUGUCUCAUGGUUGGCGUGUCCGAAUGGGGCCUCAAGACCUGCCAGAAAGUGCAGGAAAAGUACAAUGAACACAGCUGGCAGCCACUGAAGAGACACUUCAAGAAUUUCAACAAGGCAUGA